UGGCCGGCUUAUAGUAUCAACAUGGAGGUGCCGCAGUCGUGGGCUGUCUGGUGCGUCUCGGCAGUCGUCAUCAGCCUGGUCAGCAUCGCAGUGAGAUGGUGCUUCCAUCGAAGCCGCUACUUCCAACUGGGCGAGCGGGUACCCGGUCCUGCUGGGGUACCUCUUCUUGGCAACACUUUGCAAGUGGUCGCGCGCAGGGAAGACAUCUUGAGAUACUUCAAGGAGCUGCGCGACCGCUACGGUGCCAUGGUUAGACUUUGGAUUGGACCAAUAAUUUGUGUUUGCGUUACCGACCCCAAGGACAUAGCAGUAAUAUUUAAUAGUAGUAAAACAUUAAACAAGCCAAUGUUUUACAAAACCCUUAAUGUUGUUUUCGGAAAUUCGGUGCUUACUGCAGAAAGCGAAGAUUGGAAGAGAUACCGUAAAAUUUUAGACCCUGCCUUCAGGAACCAGAUCGUCGACUCAUACGUCAGCACGUUCCACGAGAAGAGCCAACGGUUGGCAGACCUGCUGGAGGAGCACAGCGUGGGAGAGCCAAUCAACAUGGCGGACUACUCGAGGCCCUGCACUCUGAAGAUGAUCUCUGAGACGAGUCUCGGCUUGCCGAUGGAAAUCCAAGGUAAAAACCACACACACUGUGCUGUAGAAAACUUUCCGAAAAUUACUGAAAUGGAUUCCUUUGUUUUCAUCACACCUUGGCUGUGGUUAAGUUGGACUCUUAAGUGCCAUCGAAUUUAUUAUAAUAUGAUUGCAUUAGUCACGCCCAUUCGUAGUUUUGUAAAUCUUAUAGUCAAAGAUAAGCUGGAUUUAUAUCUUCACUUAAAAAAUAAUGUCACUCAUAAUCAGAAAGACAUUGACACACCGAAGCACCUUAGGUUCUUGGAACAAAUGGUAUCAACAUUGGUAGAAAAUCCAAAAAUAUUAAACUUAGAGGAACUAAAGGACCAGACCAUGUUAGUUAUCGCAGCUGGCACAGACAGUACGGCCUACACUGUAGCCACAACAUUGAUGCUGCUUGGAUUACAUCAAGAUGUGCAGAGAAAAGUCUUCCAAGAGCAGGAAAUUAUCUUCGGCGAAGAUAUGAGCCGAUCCGUCACGGCAGAAGAUCUGAAGCAGAUGGUGUAUCUGGAACAAGUGAUCAAUGAAACUAUGAGGCUUUAUCCCGUGGUGCCACUUGUAGCGAGGAGGGCUGACGAAGAUGUUCAUGUUAACAGUUACACUUUUCCAGCAGGCACUAUUUUCGUAAUCCCAAUUUAUCUGGUGCACAGGGAGUCAGAUUAUUUCCCGAACCCGGACGCAUUCAAUCCUGGCAGGUUCAGCAGAGAGAAUAGUGCCAGCCGCCCUGCUUCUUCGUUUAUUCCGUUCACUUACGGGCGCAAGACGUGCAUUGGCAAGCGAUAUGCUUACACUGCUAUGAAGACCAUGUUGUCAGUGCUGCUGAGAAGAUACGAAGUUCUGGAAUGUGGCUCCAGAGAAUACAUGGAGAGUUUUGGAUAUAAUUUUUUCUUGAAUUUUCAAACUGGCCAUAAAGUUAAGCUGGGACCGAGGAUGAAGUGAUUAUCGUUUAAUGUUGUUUUAUGUGUAAUCAUCUUAGCUCUCGGUAUGAGGUUAUUUUUAGGAAUAAUUUAGUGAAUGGCACUGAACUCUAACGAACGGAAAUGUGUAACUACAGUGCUGCGUCAGCGAGAAAGUCUCAUAAAUCUCGAAAAGACGCGGACCCUCAUGAUUUAUCCGUCCGUAUACAUAUAAUUUAGAUUUGGGUAAUAAACAUGUGAAAAUUAAUAGCAGAAUCAAAAUCAAAAAAAUAAAUUGAUCGCGACAAGAAUAUAAUAAAGAAAGGAUAUGUUUAAGUGUGCGUUAUCUUGUAAAUAUAGGUAUAAAAUUCAAACCAACAUCGUUGGUAAGAAUAGAUUUCAAAA